CCCCUUGGCGUCAGCACCCGGAGCCGGAACCUUGGAGGGCGGAGCGUCGGCCGGCCGGCGGGGGAGGGAAGGUAACGAUCGGCGGAGCGGAGCGGGUAGGACAGGCUGUCGAGGACGGAAUUGUUCCAAAAUCAUGGAGAAAGACAAGAACAAGAGGAAGCUGCGGAUCUGUGUAGCAACGUGCAACCGGGCAGAUUAUUCUAAGCUUGCCCCCAUCAUGUUUGGUAUCAAGGAGCAAUCUGAUGGCUUUGACCUCAAAGUUGUUGUUUUAGGAUCUCAUUUAAUUGACGACUAUGGGAACACGUACCGUAUGAUUGAACAGGAUGACUUUGACAUUAACACCAGGCUGCACACGAUUGUGCGGGGUGAGGAUGAGGCGGCCAUGGUGGAGUCAGUGGGCCUAGCUCUCGUCAAGCUGCCUGACGUGUUGAACCGCUUGCAGCCAGAUGUGAUGAUUGUUCACGGGGACAGGUUUGAUGCUUUAGCUGUCGCCACCUCGGCUGCCUUGAUGAAUAUUCGCAUCUUGCACAUCGAGGGGGGCGAGGUGAGUGGGACCAUCGACGACUCGAUCCGCCACGCCAUCACCAAGCUGGCGCACUACCACGUGUGCUGCACCCGCAGUGCCGAGCAACACCUCAUCGCCAUGUGUGAGGAACACGACCGCAUCCUGCUCUCUGGCUGCCCCUCCUAUGACAAGCUGCUCUCCGCACACUCCAAGGAUUACAUGGGCAUCCUGCAAACCUGGCUGUGUGAAGAUGUGAAGUCUCGAGAGUACAUUGUGGCUCUUCAACAUCCGGUCACCACUAACAUUAAGCAUUCCGUUAAGAUGUAUGAGUUUACGCUCGACGCUCUGAUAACAUUUGGCAAACGCACCUUGAUCCUGUUUCCCAACAUUGAUGCAGGAAGCAAGGAGAUGGUGCGGGUGAUGAGAAAGAAGGGCAUUGAGAAGAACCCCAACUUCCAUGCCGUCAAGCACAUUCCCUUUGAACAGUUCAUCCAGCUGGUUGCCCACGCGGGGCUGAUGAUUGGUAACAGUAGCUGUGGGGUGCGGGAGGCUGGGGCGUUUGGCACGCCCGUCAUCAACCUUGGCACACGCCAAACCGGCAGAGAAACAGGUGAGAAUGUCCUCCAUGUGCGGGACGCAGACAGUCAGAACAAGAUACUCCAAGCCCUGCAGCUGCAGUUCGGCAAGUUAUACCCCUGUUCGAAAAUAUACGGUGAUGGGAAUGCUGUUCCUCGGAUACUGAAGUUUCUGAAGUCAAUAGACAUCACGGAACCCUUGCAGAAGAAGUUCUGCUUCCCUCCGGUGAAGGAGUGCAGCUCGCAGGAUAUCGACCAUAUUCUGGAGAUACAGUGUGCGUUGGCCGUGGACCUGGGCGGAACCAACCUGCGGGUCGCCGUUAUCGACAUGAAGGGUGAAAUCAUGAAAAAAUAUGUCCAGUCCAAUCCCAAAACUUACAAGGAGAGGAUUGAGUUGAUUCUGAAGAUGUGCACAGAGGCAGCAGCAGAGUCAGUCAACCUGAACUGCAGGAUCCUGGGCGUGGGUGUCUCGACGGGAGGCCGGGUGAAUCCUGGUGAGGGGGUGGUACUCCACUCCACCAAGCUGAUCCAGGAGUGGGUGUCCGUGGAUCUGCGCACACCCAUAUCGGACGCUCUCCACCUGCCCGUCUGGCUGGAUAACGAUGGCAACUGUGCCGCUCUGGCAGAGAAGAAGUUUGGUCGUGGCAAAGGCGUGGAAUGUUUUGUGGUGAUCAUCACCGGCACAGGCAUUGGAGGGGGCAUCAUCCACAACAACGAGCUGAUCCAUGGCAGCAUGUUCUGUGCGGCUGAGCUGGGACACAUCAUGGUGUCGCUAGACGGGCCCGAGUGUACGUGUGGCAGCAAGGGCUGCAUCGAGGCCUACGCCUCAGGGGUGGCGCUGCAGAGGGAGGCCAAGAGACUGCAUGAUGAGGACUUGCUGAUGAUGGAUGGCAUGUCCAAGAGUGGAGGGGCAGUGACUGCCAUCGACCUCAUCUGUGCUGCCAAACUGGGCAACGUUGAGGCUCAGAAAGUCCUCAAAACAGCCAGCUGUGCCCUGGGCGUGGGCAUUGUCAACAUCCUACACACAGUGAACCCAUCGCUGGUGGUGCUGUCGGGGGUGCUGGCUGCCCACUAUGAGGACGGGGUGAAGGAGGUGAUUGCCCAGCGGGCACUGCCCUCUGCCAGGGCUGUAGACGUGGUGGUAUCCGGCCUGGCAGAGCCGGCAUUGCUGGGUGCUGCCAGCAUGGUGCUGGACUAUGCCACACGCAGAACCUACUAG